AUGGAAGAAACAAAAGAAAAAAGUAUUCAUCUCAUGGGUGUCAAAAUUUGUGAAGAUUUAAAAAAAUCUCCUUACCAUGCUAGACUGUUCGAAGAUAUACAGAAAUUGGUGAUAACACCUAGUGUAAAAUCCGACGACUUUAAAAAUUCUUUGCUAAAAGCCAUGCAAGACAAUGGUUUAGAGUCUGAUCUGAAGAACAGUAUCUAUAGAUAUAUUAAGUCUAAGAAGAAAGAAACUAAUACUUAUGAUUCAUUCUUUAGAAAAUGUCAAAUACACUGGGAUAAACGAAUUCAUAAAUCAUUGAAUUCUAUGUGCAACGAAUUGGGAAUAUCGUUGGCAAAACCAAGAACUACGAAUGAGAGAGAAGAAUUGCUUGCAAAAUGGACAGAACUAAGUAAUUAUGAAGUAGACAUUCAUAAAUAUAGACCCGUGUAUGCCCCGAAAGAUUUUUUAGAUGUGUUAAUGAAUUUAAAGGGGCCUACGGAUGAUAAAAAUAGCAGUGGCGGUGAAUGGCAAUUUACUCAGCUUCCUUUAAAAGUAAAAAAUUUAGCGGAAUUGAGAAGUUUUUACAGCGAGUUAUCGCGAGGCGACCAGAUUUUAACUGCUAGUAAUGCUCUUACUAUGCCGCAAGCUUUUACAAUUUUUGAAGAAGAAAGAAUUAAUUUAGGCGAAAAAGUUUUGUCGAGGAAUUACGCUCCUCUGGCUCAAGAAUUUUUAAAAAAAGGAUGUCCUAGAUGUUUAAGAGCAAGGAUUUGGAGUUUAUUGCUAGGCUCUGAAGUUAAACAGUAUGAAUACAAGUAUUUCGAAACUUUAAAAGAACACGUUCUUCAAUAUGAUCUGAUGAUAGAUAAAUUAAUUAUUAAGGAUAUAACUCUAACUGCAUCGAAUGAUGAUCAGUAUUUUGUAUUCGAAGAUGUUCUGUAUCAGGUAAUGCUGUGCUUUUCCCGUGAUUCCGAAAUCCUCAAAAAUCUUCCAAGCCAACCAGCAUUCAUGCAAGUUUUGAUAAAAGGUAAACAACCGCCAAUUCACUUAGACGGGGCUACAAAUGGUGGCAGCACCAUAGUGUUUCCGCCAAGUGGAGUUAUACCAUUUCAUGGAUUUUCAAUGUAUGCUGCACCCUUUUGCUAUAUUUACGACGAUCCUGUAGAAUUGUACUACGCUUUCAGAGCAUUCUAUCUAAGAUACUGGCACCGUCUACACAGAGUGUGCGCCAGUUCCCAAGGAAUAGUGUCUCUGUGUCUUCAAUUUGAAAAAUUACUCCAAUGUUUCGACCCACUUCUUUGGAACCAUUUCAGGAAGUGUAGAAUAGCACCGUUAAGACUGGUGAUAAAAUGGAUCAUGCGCGCUUUUAGCGGUCACCUACCACCAGAACAACUUUUAUCCCUAUGGGACUUGAUUCUAGCGUACGAUUCACUGGAAAUAAUACCCCUUUUGGCGGUUAUUAUAAUUAUUUUUCGAAAAGACAACUUACUAAAAGUCACUACGCUGCAAAACGUCGAAGCUGUAUUAGCCGAUCUCUCAACUAUAGCGGUGGUUCCUUUGUUACAGAUGGCGCUGAUAAAGGAAUAGUGUUUAAAUAAAAAUGUAGAGGGGCUGUUCUCUGAGUUGAGUAUCUAAAUUAGUUCAAUCUAAUUUGACACUUGAUAGACUAAAUAAGGAGAUAUUUAUGACUUUUUGGCAAUGUUGAACAAGAGGAAUCUUUCAUAAAAGAGUUGUCAAAAAGUCAAAAUCUGUAGAAAAUUCUCUCUUUUAGAUCUAACAUAGGUACCUACCCUCUACGUAUUACUAAUUUUAUACUUUACAAAAUAUGGUUACAUUGCCUUGAUAAUUAGGUGUCAAAUUAGAUUUUUCCAAAUUUAAUAAGGGAUUUAAUAAAUUAAGCAAUGUAUGGGGCAAUGUAUUCUAGGCCAAUUUUCAAUAAGAAAUAUUUAUCUCAAUCCGUAUAAAUGUACCUAACUCUACAAGGUGGUCCUUUAGUGUGUGGAAGUCUAAUAUCUCAGUUGUUUUUGAAAAUACGAGAAAAUGUCCAUACAAAAGUUUUAUGACUCUACACCUUAUGGGGUUGGAGUGUCUGAGGUGAAUUUUUUUUAAAAUGUUCGUCUUGAAAUUGCCUAUCGAUCAUUUUCAAUUUUCGUUUUACGUCUUCAUUUUUCCGGAAUUCUGAUCCAAAAAUUGGAUUUUAUGCAAAAAUGUAGAUUUUCCGCACGAAAGUGAUCCUACGGUACGCGAGAUUGAAAUUUUACCAAACUUUUUUUAUGGGAAAAUGUUCGUCUUCAAAGAUCCUAAAAGACUCUGUACUUGGAUACGGUCAAAAAUUUUCCAUUACCCUUGAAAUGUACAUUAAUUUUCGCGCCACUAUGGGACGCCUAGUAGUAAGAAUAUUUUCCAAUAUAUAGGGUGCCCUCAAAAAACAAGGCAACAUAAUAUAUAUGUUUUUCAAAUGGAAUUUCCUGUAUUUUAUUUUAUUUUUGAAUUCUACUAAAAAAUCUAAUGAUUUUCGUCUAAAUUCAAUUGUUUUCAAACUUUUGACAUUCAAAAAUUGACUUUUUCACAUUUCGACAAGCUGUUAAAAUUAGGGCAAAACGGUUUACGUGUUCGUAACUUAGUUUUUAUAUUUUAUACAAAUAUGCAAUAAAAUAACCCACUUCCGGUUUAAGUUAGAUUUUUUUAGAUUCAAAGUUCACAUAUUAGAUAGGAUACGAAAAACUAGAAUGUAAACCGUUUUAUUCCUAACUUCAAGCGUUUGGAUGCUACAGCUUGUCAAAGUACGAAAAAGUCAAUUUUUGAAUGUCAAUAACUCAAAAACAAUUGAAUUUAGACAUAUGAUGUUUCGUUAGUAGUAUUCAAAUAUAGAAUAAAAUAUAAAGUGUUUCAUUUGAAAAAAAUAAUUUUUAUGCUGCCUUCCUUUUUUGGGCACCCUGUAUAUUGGGAAAUAUUUUUACAAUAAGCCACUCUAUGAAUCGUAAAACUUUUAUAUUUGGUAUUUUAGAAAACAACCGAAAUAUUGGACUCUCACAUAUUAUAAUGGGCAACCCUGUAUAGUAUUAAUAAAAAAAAAUCAGUUUAUAAAUACUGCGAGACAUGUAAUAAAUUAUUUCGUUCAUUAAAAAAAAAUCUUACAUAUUUAAUGUCGUGGUUAGCUUUUUGUGCGUUUAAUAAUACGGAAAAUUUGGUUCUUUUAUUGUUUUUCGAUGUUUUUUAGCCAUCCUGUAUAUUUUAAUUUCAGAUUAGUAUGUUUCGAGGGAGAAUAGAAAUAACAUGUUUCAAUUUAAAUAACAUUUUUUUGUUUUGAAAGUUUUGAAAACCCACAUAUAUGCCGAAAAAAGAUUAAAUAUUAAAGAUUUUUUUUGCGAAUCAAUUUAUUUUAUAAUUUUUAUAAAAAUCCCAUAU